UUCCGUCGUUUGACUCCCCCCACCGUCAAAAUGGCGAUGACCGGUAAAGGAUGGGAAAUGGUUGGCAAAACCACGAAAAAAGGCAAAAAUGGGCCCAAUACGGUUACGAAAUCUCAAAAGAAGAUACUGCAAGAAAAUAUGCCAAGAAUAGAAAUUGCUGCCCCGCUGAAAGAGUCCUCAACCAUCUAUGAUGCUUUUGCUGACAAGGAGCGACGCUCGGGCAAGGAACAGAUCCGACCACAGGAUGGUGGACAUGGUGGAGGUGAUAUCAAGGGGAAAAAGCAGCAAGGGCAGAAAAAGAAAUUCCAAGAGAAGAAGAAAAUCCCCUUGGUUUCAUUUGAAGAAGCACUUAAACAGGUUGAUGUGUCAGAACUAGACUCAUUAUUGACCAAAGACCAGGCCGUCUUCCCCGAUAAUCCGUCAGUGUGGCUGAAGGACUUGGCAUCAUUCCUGAACAUCAAGUUUGACCAUGUCAAAGAACCUGAUCCAGUAUUUUCAGAUCAUCCUGUCGAUUAUCCAUUAUGCAAGGUCACUGAAAGGAUGAAGAAGCUCCUAAAGAAGGCACUGUCACUUACCACACCUGAAGUCAAGGAGCUUUUCUUUGAGCAUUGUGUGCAGUCGAUGAUUCAAGACCUGGGGAAGGGCGCCUCAACUUAUGGCUAUCGUAUAUUCAUCCAACUGAUGGCACAUGGCAAACCGGAUAUCAUUCAGAACAGUUUGUCUAGGUAUUUGGAAAUGUUGAAGACCAACCAGAAUCGUCAGCUGCGGUGCCUUUCAGUCAUGUGGGCGGUUGGCCAAUCGGGCAUGAAGGAUUUAUCAUGUGGCCUGAGAGUUUGGCUUGAUGUGAUGUUCCCAGUUCUGAGGAUACGGGCAUUAUCUGAGUAUGCCAUUGACUAUUUAGAAAAUCUUUUCAAGCUCCAUGGCAACAUCAAGUCAAGUUACUCGACAAUCAAUUUCCGUGACUUCUUCCCGAUCCUCGAUGUGGUGUUCUCCUCCAAUUCAGGGGUCUCUUUACCAAGUAAUCAGCAGAAAAAACUCCUGACACUUUACCCAAAAAUCAAGACGAUAGCAUUUGGAAGUGACCGAGAGGCAAACUUGAAGAAUUUCUUCCCAUCAUUCCUUGCACGAGUCACACCUGAUUGCAAUAAGGCAUUCAAGAAUGAGCUUCUGCAGUGCCUCAUCACGUGUCUUUCGGAGGACAAGCAUUGUUACAGUGUCUGGAGACAGACGUAUGUCCGCCACGUCUCGCAGUCAAGAGUCUUACUCGAUCAUCUGCGUGACAAUUGGUCCGUGGCGGCAUCCAAAUUAGAUCGGAAAAUUCUGCGUGAAACGAUCAGGACAUUCUGUGUGACAAAUGAAGAUUUGGCAGCUAAACCUGAUGGUGAAGAAUAUGAAGAAUGCAAUAAAACAUGUAAAGUGUUGUUGACCAAAUUGAGUGGCUCUCAAUUCCCUUGGUUCCUAUUCUUUGUGUCGACAUUUGCUCUUGUUGGCGGCCUGGUUAUUUACGAUGUGCACAGUCAUGGCAGUUUCAAAGGUUGUAAGACCGCUACGUUCUUGGAGGAGACGGGGACCAUGACAUUCUGUGCCAGUCUCUGGAGACGUUUGCAGAUCUAUUUUGGAAUCGUCUGCAACUCUGCUUUCUAUAAAAGAGCUGCAUGCAAGCUCCACUGCCUCUUAGGAACUCUAAAAAACGUGUUUCACUACCGAUGGCUGGAAGAAAAUGUUCCAUACUACUUUUCCCGGACUGUGGACUUUGUGGGACCAUAUCUUCUGUUUGCCUGGACUAAACUUUGUGAACUGGGAUCCUACCUCAUGGAGGUCUCACAGCCAGUAAGGGCGUGGGUCAGUGUCAAGUUUUUGGAAAUUUUAAGUUGGGUUCAACAGCGAACGCCAUAUCUGUAUGACAGUGCGUCAUAUUACCUUCUGCUCACCUGGGAUUUUGUUGUUUUCUAUUCACUGUUAUUUUGGAAGUACCUCGUUCAGUACACGAAUAUCAUAGUCACAUGGAUAAGAGAAAAUAUAUUGACAGGCAGCUGGUCUGUUGAAAACCUCCAAAAAGUCCUCACGAGUUGUCUCGUGGCCCUCCGGGGGUAUAUCCGUUCAUUUAUAAACUACGUGUCUGGAAGUGCCAGCUCAUCGUCCGCAGCUCCAGCUGGAUAGUGUCAUGGGCAUGAGGUUGAUAAAGAAGGUGUGACUGUGUCUGGUUGAAGCUGUGAUGUGUCACAGACAAUCUGAACCACAUCUUCUGAGGCCUUAGAUAAUUUCUCACCCAAACUUGAAAGACCAAUGUUUGCAGCAGAGUAGAUCAUGUUGGUAAUCAGGUUGGACAUGUAGAUCAGAUGAAUAGAGUUGAGGUGAGAGGUUUGUUAAACAUAGAAUGCAAGAAGGACUUUCAUGAAUUAUUUUCAUAUCUAUCUAUAAUCCUUUUGUAAAGCAUACAUUUCACAUAUGAUUCUUGUGUCAGGUUAUAAUAUGCAAUAGCAAAACACUUGACCUCUUGAUGCUCUGAGUACAGAACUCAAAUACUGCCGAAAUCCUAAUGCUCCGGACGGAGUAGUAUUUGGAAUUAACCUCCCAUAGUGUGAUACUUCCAAUUCAGUUAAGCUCAUGCAUGUAUCAGCAGUGAAAAUGUCAUUUAUUUGGUAUCUCUUGAAACUUGUUGUUAGGAAAAGUCUGUUGUGACAUUUAGGCCAGUUUUAUUGUUAAUUUAUUAAAAUUUUUCAGAAAUCAAAAUGUCUGUUGCAGAUCAGAAAGAAUAUUUACAUGACAUCAUAUUAGAAUUUGCUGAGUUAUUUGUUAUGUUAUUUUGCUGA